UCCAAUCAGCAUCGGCUCCAGAAGUGCCGGGGCAAAUAAUGCACUUGCAUGCUUGUUGCACGUUAACGUUACUACUUCUGAGCAAAACUGAGUAAACUGUGAACACAUUCACUCGAGGGACACAGACAGGACCGUAUUUACGUCAGUUCCACACAGCAGAGGAAUGGAUGCAGAGGGUUUCGGGGAGCUUCUGCAGCAGGCAGAGCAGCUAGCUGCUGAGACAGAAGCAGUAUCGGAGCUACCGCAUGUCGAGAGGAACCUCCAGGAGAUCCAGCAGGCAGGAGAGCGGCUUCGAUCCCGCACCCUGACCCGCACCUCGCAAGAUGCUGCCGACGUGAAAGCGUCAAUCCUCCUCGGUUCCAGAGGUUUAGACAUCUUCCACAUCUCUCAAAGGUUGGAAAGUCUUAGUGCAGCCACCACCUUUGAGCCCCUGGAACCCGUAAAAGACACUGACAUACAGGGCUUCCUGAAGAACGAGCGGGACAACGCCUUGCUGUCGGCCAUCGAGGAGUCUCGCCGCAGGACGUUCCUGUUGGCUGAGGAGUACCACCGGGAGUCCAUGCUGGUGCAGUGGGAGCAGGUGAAGCAGAGAGUGCUGCACACGCUACUGGGAGCAGGAGAGGACGCGCUGGACUUCAGUCAAGAUGUGGAGCCGAGCUUUGUGAGUCAAGUACCAGCUGCAGGAAGAAGCGCUCUGGACAGCGUGGAGGUCGCCUACGGACGGCAGAUUUACGUUUUCAAUGAGAAGAUUGUGAAUGGUCACAUUCAGCCGAAUCUGGGAGACUUGUGUGCUUCAGUCGCAGAGAGCCUGGACGACAAGAAUGUAUCGGACAUGUGGCUGAUGGUGAAGCAGAUGACUGAUGUGUUGCUCGUUCCGGCCAAAGACACUCUGAAAAGUCGCACCUCUGUUGAAAUGCAGAUGGCUUUUGUACGCCAGGCGCUCAGCUUCCUAGAGAACAGUUAUAAAAACUACACCUUGGUGACGGUGUUUGGGAACCUCCAUCAGGCCCAACUAGGGGGAGUGCCAGGAACGUACCAACUAGUCCGCAGCUUCCUCAACAUCAAACUACCGGGGCCUCUGCCUGGCAUGCAGGAUGGUGAGAUAGAGGGCCACCCAGUGUGGGCGGUGAUCUACUACUGUCUGCGCUGUGGGGACCUGAACGCAGCCAUGCAGGUCGUGAACCGAGUGCAGCAUCAGGUGGGAGACUUUAAGACCUGGUUUCAGGAGUACAUGAACAGCCCCGACAGACGCCUUUCUCCAACUUUAGAGAACAAGCUCCGCCUCCACUACCGCAGGGUGCUGAGGAACAGCGCCGACCCUUACAAGAGAGCCGUCUACUGCCUGAUCGGGAAGUGUGACAUCAGCGAUAACCACGGAGAGGUGGCAGACAAGACUGAAGACUACCUCUGGCUUAAGUUGAACCAGGUGUGUUUUGAUGACGACGGCAGCAGCUCUCCUCAGGACCGACUGACCCUGCCGCAGCUGCAGAAACAGCUGCUGGAGGACUACGGAGAGUCCCACUUCUCAGCGAGCCAGCAGCCCUUCCUGUAUUUCCAGGUGCUGUUCCUGACGGCUCAGUUUGAGGCGGCGGUGGCGUUCUUGUUUCGCGUGGAGCGACUCCGGAGCCACGCGGUGCACGUGGCGUUGGUCCUGUACGAGCUGCAGCUGUUGCUGAAGUCGUCGGGACAAAGCGCCCAGCUGUUGAGCCAGGGACCCGGCGACCCCCCCAUGGUACGCCGCCUCAACUUCAUCCGCCUGCUCAUGCUCUACACUCGCAAGUUUGAGUCCACCGAUCCACGGGAAGCCCUGCAGUACUUCUACUUCCUACGCAACGAGAAAGACAGCCAGGGAGAAAACAUGUUCAUGCGUUGUGUCAGUGAACUCGUGAUUGAGAGUCGUGAGUUUGACAUGCUGUUGGGGAGACUAGAGAAGGACGGCAGUAGGAAGCCUGGAGUCAUAGAUAAGUUCGCCGGGGACACCAGAGCCAUCAUCAGUAAAGUGGCUCUGGAGGCCGAGAACAAGGGCUUGUUUGAAGAGGCGGUCAAACUCUUCGAACUGGCCAAGAACCCAGAUAAGGUGUUGGAGCUGAUGAACAGGCUGCUGAGUCCAGUCGUUGCUCAGGUCAGCGCCCCUCAGUCCAACAAGGAGAGGCUAAAGAACACCGCAGUGGCCAUCGCCGAGAGGUAUCGUUCUCAGGGCGUCGCAGGAGACAAGUCCAUCGAUAGUACUUUCUACCUGCUGCUGGACCUGACCACCUUCUUUGACGAGUACCACGCAGGUCACGUGGACAGAGCCUACGACGUGAUGGAGCGUCUGAAGCUCCUUCCUCUCAGUCAGGACAGCGUGGAGGAGAGAGUGGCUGCUUUUAGGAACUUCAGUGACGAGGUGCGCCACAACCUGUCCGAAGUGCUGUUGGCCACCAUGAACAUCCUCCUCACUCAGCACAAGCGCCUGAAGGCGGCGCCAGCGGGCACGCCGGGACGACCCCAGAGGACCGUAGAGGACAGGGACAUGCAACUCCGCAGUCAGGCCAGAGCCCUGAUCACCUUUGCUGGUAUGAUUCCCUACAACAUGGCCGGAGACACCAACGCAAGACUGGUGCAAAUGGAAUUACUGAUGAACUGACACACACGCGCGCACGCACGCACGCACACACGGACAGAGAGCGACAAGCAGAAACCUUUUGGCUAUACAAGACUUCCACCAAUCGUAUUCAUACAAACCCUCUUGUCGACCAUUUCUGUUUUAUAGAAUACAAUAUUUGUCGUUGUUUUAUCAGAUACAUCGUCUUGCAUCAUCCAUUUGAGUUCCUCUUUGUUGUCAGUAGUCUCUUUUUUCAUUUUUGUUUGGUAUUUGUCUCUUUUGAUGAUUUGGAAUAAAAAAUAAGUAUGCUUUUCAGUUGCCUUUAUUUUCUACAUGUCCAUUUCACUUUUUACCCAUCUAGCCUCACUUUUUUAAAAUCAUGAUUGCUCUGCACGUGCAACAAUUACUGUGAAAACAGUCAGUUUUCUCAAUUUUUCGUUUGCAAAAUGAGACAAGACAACCAAUACUGUUCAAUGAAUUUACCUUUUUGAACUUGAGUUUAUAACAAACAAUGAUGAAUCAAAAUUGGGCUUAAUUUAACAUAUACUGCAGACUGACUGAGCCCUCAGAGGAAAGUGGUGAUUGUCCAGUUUCAAACAUUUCAUCUCCCUUUAUGAGCAAGUUACCAUUCUUGGUCCUAAGUGUCGCAGACAGACGCCGCAUUGUCCUCACAGGCUGCGCUGCCGUGUCUCUGUCCCGUCCUCUGGCAGAUGGUUGGUUGGCUUGAGGCGGACUGGAGGGAUAUUUCUGCUUUGUCGCAGUAUCAGAAGGGGGGUUUCCGGGGUAACUGGAAUAGACAUUUUAGACACUGAGUUAAUAUAAUGCUGAAGUUUCUGUUUUGACGCUACAUGUUUUUCCUGUUGAAAACUAUGCAAAUGCUCACACACACACACUCCGAUGUGAUUGCUUUUUGACUUAAUGGUUCAAGUGCUCAUCAUUGCGCUCCACUUAAAUCAGGUCCCUGCUGUUUCAGCAAUUUCAUCUUUAACCGGGAUUUCCCAAAGUAUAAAGCCUCAUCACGGCGUCUCGGAUGGUGUUGCCCACUAUAACACUUCAGCAACCACAGGGAGACGCCAUAGCAACCAUCCGGAACGCCAUAGUAACAACGACACAAAAGCAUUAGGCGCCGGCCUGCUGGUACGUUUAGCAGAAAAAACUAACUCGUGUUGAUGCUUUUAAGCCACAUGCAAAAAAAAAAAAAGGAUCCCAUCACCCGUCAUCCCCUCUGUUGAAUGGGUGGCCAACACUCUCUGGCCUGAGAGAACGCAGAUGGCGGCUCAUUCUGUCUUGGCUCCUCUUCAUAUCCAAGUUGAUAUGUAUGAGACAAAGCUGAGCCAAGUACUACGGGGCCCAUGCUGUCCUUCUGCCCGGAGUGGUGAGCGGGGACGCACCGGUGCUGCUCCUGCACUCCGUCCGCCGGACGAUCUGGAAAUCACCUGCCGUACGGAUGACAUCAGAGUAGCUGUCCAACCCGUCACGUUUGAGAGCGCAAAGGCUGCUGCAUAGAGUCCUGACUUCAGCUCUUCUCUUCUUAGGGUUUUAGUACAACCUGCCAUGUGUUUGUGUGUGUUUCCACACAUCCAGCAGCAGAAGACCGGCCUCUCAGGUGUGUGUGCUGCAGCUGGUGUUGUGAAUCAGGCCGAUGACAGACACCUCCUAUAACCCGGCUAUUUCACAACACCAGGGUGGCACCGCACCGCUACCGACCAGACCAAGAACCACCGCCCGGCGCCGCCAAGGGAGGAGAUGCAAGAUGAACACACACAGAGCGGAGUCAUUUCAGUGGGCUGUAAAACUGGUGUGUUUGUUGUGCAGGUUCUGUCAAUCACACCUGAUCAUAAACUGAAAUCUUUUUUUGCCCCGUAUAAUGAUUCAGAGUUAUUCACCUUCACUCAGAUACGAGAACCACAUAUGCGUACCGAUUUAUAACCAUUUAAGGAUUCACGUGAAGAUUCUCUGUAUUGAGACACGGUUGUCUUUCUUACCCCCUUUGCUCUGUAAAUAAAUAACAUUACCAAUA